CUGGACCUAGAUCAGAAGGGGAGGGAGCAGGAUAAGGAGUCAGACAAACUGGCUCUACUCAGUGAGGUGGACAGACACCGUAGGCAGAUGCUCAGUAACCAGACAGUAUGGAAGAAAGCCAACCUGGCCAGUAAACUGUCGCUGGACAACCUGGAGAAGGAAUCUCUUCUCUAUGGAGGAGAUAGUGAAUUUAGACAACGAAAGGUGACCAAAGAGGGCCUGGCCCAGACGUCCAGUGACAUCACAGAGAGCCUGAUGAGCAUCAGCCAGAUGAUGUCACAGCAGGUGACGCAGAGCGAGGAAUCCAUAACCAUGCUGGCAACCUCGUCUCAGGCAGUCCUGGAGAUGAAUGAUGAGUUUAAGGCCAUGACCGGAACCAUCCAGCUAGGGAGAAAGCUCAUCACUAUGUACAACCUCAGGGAGCUCACUGACAAACUGCUAAUCUUCCUCGCUCUCGUACUCUUUCUCACCGUGAUCUUCUACAUCCUCAAGAAGAGGUUAUUUUUCCUCCAGACCAGACACAACUAACUUUAACUAAGUUACUUUUAGAGCAACUUUGAUUCGAGUAACUAUGAUCAUAUAAGAUAAUUUAUGACAUAAGUGAGUCGUGUGAGAUAAGUAUUGUAACAUUAACAUAGUGCUUAUUAAUGUAAAUCCAAAUCAACAUUUUAAAGACUUGUGCACACACACAGUAGAAAUGGCUUUGGGGAUAAGCCUAUUUUAAACAUUAUUUGUUCGUCAUGGAAGGAAUAUCAGCUGUUUGCAAUACUUAGAGGAAAGUUUGAUGGUUAAUGUAACCAAUUGUUAUGAUUAUCAUGUUACUGUAUUAUUUCAUCGCAGGAAGUUAAAGCUGUUGCCCAGUUAUCUAUAUCCUGCUCUGAAAGAGAAAUAAAUGUACUGUAGUAGUUGCCUUAUUUGAUGCAGAUUACAUUUUCUCCUGACCAUUAUUUAAAGUAUAGGGAUUCAUGUCAAUGUGUAACACAUUCUCUGUAAUGUAAUCAGUUUUUGAACAAAACGUUGACUUUAUUAAAUAGUGUAAAAAUAAACAAAAAUGAAUCUCCAAGCAGCAGCGUGGACAUGUAGGAUGUGCAUAUCAACCACACAAGUUUCAGUGACUCUGGUCUAGCAUCUGGUCGUCAGUAUUUCCUUACGGAGCUAGCUGGCUUGGCUCAGCAGUGGUGAGGCCUGCUCUCAGUAGCUGGCAGCAGGGUGAACUGUACUGGGUACAGUGCUGACCAACCAGGGCAGAAAAGCUAGCAGCAGGGUGAACAGUACUGGGUACAGUGCUGACCAACCAGGGCAGAAAAGCUAGCAGCAGGGUGAACUGUACUGGGUACAGUGCUGACCAACCAGGGCAGAAAAGCUAGCAGCAGGGUGAACAGUACUGGGUACAGUGCUGACCAACCAGGGCAGAAAAGCUAGCAGCAGGGUGAACUGUACUGGGUACAGUGCUGACCAACCAGGGCAGAAAAGCUAGCAGCAGGGGGAACUGAGCAGCCCAGGCACCAGGGCAGAAAAGCUAGCAGCAGGGGGAACUGAGCAGCCCAGGCACCAGGGCAGAAAAGCUAGCAGCAGGGGGAACUGAGCAGCCCAGGCACCAGGGCAGAAACAAAUCUGAAAAGCUGUGGCAGUAAUCACAUAGUCACCGAUAAGGAACCAUGCAUCUCUGCCUUUCUUCAGAUAAGACCCAGAAAAGCAGAUUACUCUGACCCGUUUCCCUCUCCUGCUCCCUUUCUUUCCACCGGGGGUGGAGGGUGGGGGGUAUUUUUAGGUUGGCGUGGACCUGUUAUCUGACGUUGCCUUUUCAACACUUUGUAAGGGAUGUGUGUAGAGGGGGGCUGGUAGCUGCAUGACCUCUCCACCCUCUUUAUGGUGAUGGUCUCACAUGUAAUUUGGGAAAUAUAAAUCUGUUUUCAUGUUGACCUUUCUGUUCAGUGUACCAAUAAAGGCCCCUG